AUGGGUCUCCCCGACGAGCUGGCUAAACAGGGUUCCUCUAAUGAGACUUAUGAACAACAGUUUGCCAUGCAGAUGCCGUUUGUUGAGUCGACCUCGUGCAACGUACACGAUAUAUCGCUCGACCAGCAUAAUUUGAAAGCGACAGUUCAUCUCACCCAUCAAAUCAAUCUUUUGGGUACGGAGAAAGACUUCUUCAUCGAAAACAUGAUCCUUCUUGAUUUUGACAAGCAAGGCGAGAGAAUCGAAAAGAUUGUUGAGUUUACGGAUGUAGUGGAGAGUGUCAAAUACAUGCAAGCUCUUCAAGGGUUGGCUGCUGCGAAGUCAGGAUAG